CCUCCUACCCAUUUCAUUGACUCAGCAAACUAGAUUACUUUUGCUGUUUAUCCACCGAAACCAGAGUAGGAACACGUUACACCCAUCGAAAGACACUCGAAUACUCCAAGAUCUUUCUGCUUUGAUCAGAGAACGGAACACCCACAAGUGACUCGAAUACUCCGAGAUCUCUUUCUUGAGGCUAGGAAACCUCUAUCACCGUUCUCCUCUUCUCAAUCACCUUCUUUACUGCCCGCAUACCUUCUUCUCCCCUUCUAAAAUUUCUGAAACCCAUUCCGUCACUGAUUCUUAGACAAGAUGGGGCCGCCUUCCCUCUCCAUCCUACCUCCUGACUCUUCCGAGCUUUCCCCAACUUCUGCCCUUCUCCAAGACGACGCCUCUGUAAGCCUCAACCUCCCGAUCCACCACCACUCCUCAUCCCCAGGCCCCAAGAGGCCGGCUGGAGCCUUCUUCAUCUUCAUGGUAAUCACGACUUGCAUCUCUGUGUCAACUGCCAUCGCCUUCGGGUUCCUCUUCUUCGUCUCCCCCACCAACACCAACCACCAUCCUGUCCAGCAGCCUCUAGAGAACUCCAGACCCCUACAGAAGCUUCAGAAGCCGGCUGUGAUUCUUAUUUCCUCAGAUGGGUUCCGAUUUGGGUAUCAAUUCAAGACCCCAACUCCAAACAUCCACAGGCUUAUCUCUAAUGGCACUGAAGCAGUAACAGGUUUGAUAUCGGUCUUCCCCACUUUGACAUUUCCCAAUCAUUAUUCCAUUGCUACUGGACUCUACCCUGCAUGGCAUGGCAUAAUCAACAACCAUUUUAAGGAUCCUGUUACAAACGAUAGUUUUAACAUGCAAAGCCAUGAGCCCAAGUGGUGGUUGGGUGAACCGAUUUGGGAGACUGUGGUGAACAAUGGUUUGAAGGCAGCUACCUAUUUUUGGCCUGGAUCAGAAGUCCAUAAGGGGAAGUGGGACUGCCCACCAAAGUACUGUAAGAAUUAUGAUGGCUCUGUGCCUUUUGAAGAGAGGGUUGAUACCGUUUUGAGCUACUUUGAUCUCCCUGAUGAGGAGAGGCCUGUAUUCAUGACUCUAUACUUUGAGGACCCAGAUCACCAGGGCCACCAAGUUGGGCCCGAUGAUCCCUUGAUCACGGAAGCAGUCGCUAGGAUUGAUCGGAUGAUCGGGAGAUUGAUUGCAGGGCUGGAGAAGAGAGGAGUGUUUGAGGAUGUGACGACUAUCAUGGUUGGGGAUCACGGUAUGGUGGGUACAUGUGACGGGAAGCUGAUCUUUUUAGACGACCUGGCCCCUUGGAUUGAAGUUCAGCACGAUUGGGUUCAAUCUUAUAGCCCCCUGCUUGCGAUAAGGCCUCCUCCUGGAUCCUCGCCGGCCGACGUCGUUGCGAAGAUGAAUGAAGGACUGAGCUCUGGAAAGGUUAAGAAUGGGGAGUACUUAAAGAUUUUCCUUAAGGAGAAUUUGCCCAGUAGGCUGCAUUAUGUAGACAGCUACCGAAUUCCUCCGAUUAUUGGAUUAGUUGCAGAAGGGUACAAAGUGGAGCAAAAGCGUUCCAACCGCCAGGAGUGUGGUGGUGCUCAUGGAUAUGAUAAUGAAUUCUUUUCUAUGAGAACGAUCUUUAUUGGUCAUGGACCUCAAUUUGCAAGGGGCCGCAAGGUGCCAUCGUUCGAAAACAUUGAGAUCUAUAACUUGAUUGCUUCUAUUCUUAAUUUAAAGGUGGCACCGAACAAUGGGACGGCUUCUUUUGCCAACUCGAUUCUUCUUCCUGCUGCAUCAAGUUGAAGAUGUCAUUCAUGGGGAAGUUUGUGAUUUCACAAUGGUGAAUGGUUCCAGUGUCUACAAGUUUGUAAUUUCAUAAUGCUGAAUGGUUCUACUGUCCAUUGCGCUCUGCAUGUCGAAUUGCAGUAGACUUCUCUUGAAUAUGUAAAAGGUAGCUCAACAUAAAAUGGAAGGCAGUUUUCUGUUCUUUAUGUUCUGCCACCUGGGUAGGCGCUAGAAAACUCUCAUGUCAAUCUGAUUAAUGACAGACAUGUUCAUUUUAAUCCCAGCGCGGCUGUGGUUGAAUAUAUUCAUGGUAAAGAAAUAAUCUUCACUUUCUUAA